CCCCGCUUCAUUAAGGCGGAACCAAAAACCCUACUCCCACUCCGCAAAGAUGGACCCCAAAACCCUACCGCUCGAGACAGGCUACUAAAAAGUGCUCUAAGAGGUUCAGAACAGCCAUACAAAUUAACAAGUUCUUCAUCGAAACUUGUUUUAAUAACUAUAGCAAAACAGCCGAGAUGAGCAUUUCAGGAGAUUUUUAGCUGUUAUUCUUGAACAAUCGGAGUAGGAUAUAGUGAUCCACUCACAGUUAAGAAAUAUAAUUGUAAAUAAUUGUGUAAAUCUUGAAAACAGGACAGACCAUCAAUCCGUUCACCUGUUAUUGUUGUUAGUUUCUCCUUCAAGAUGGAUCACAGACAUUCAGAAGUAAGUGUUCCUUUAUAUCCAAGCCGGGGUAUAUUCACGGUAGAUUCCAUUAAUGGUGUUACUACUAUCUCCUUACACCAUUAUCCUGUAUUGUCUUCAACAAUGGAAACUGGCGGGAUACAAAGACCCGGCGUGAAUUCCAAUUGUAUUUCGGCUGUUCCUGCUUCCAAUCAUGUUCCCAUUUCACGGCAGCGGGAGCCGAGCAGUGAUAGCAAAGGAGGUUGUUCUUCUUGUCAGCGGAACGAGCUAAAUUUGGAGGAGCUAUUAAACUUUGAAAGAGACCUUAUCAGAAGGGGUCUUCAUCUGACUCAACAAUAUCCCCAACAGAUUUCGCAGCAGGGCAUAGCCUUCAUGGAAACACAUAAUCAGGUAUUACAGCUCAAGUCUGGAAAGAGGUCAACGCAGAUAUUGCAGCCUGAAUCUAGUAAGAAGUUGAAACAAGAUAAUUCAAAGUCUCCUAAUUCACAAUUGCGUGAAAGCUCAGGAUGGUGUUCUCUCUGCCAGAUUGACUGCCAAAAAGAAAUAGUUCUCAAGCAUCACAUGUUGGGGAAGAAGCACCGGCAAUUGUUAAACAAGUUGAAAGAGGGAGAAAUAAUUGGAAAUGUGGAGGAAAAUGAAAAGCAAGUAAAGGAAGGGGAUGCACCUCAAAAGAAACGCAAAAGAUCAUCAAAUACAAACCAACAAACAGUUAAAUGCAACACAUGUGAUAAGGUGUUCAUCACUCAGGAUUCUUUUGAAUCACACAUUGCUGGGAAAAAACAUGUGAAGCAGCUAAAAAUAAUGGAAAGUUCUAAAGUUUCUUCAAAAGUCAAAGAUGACAGUAAGAAAUGUGCAGGCGCUGAUGGAAAUGAAUUGAUAAGCACAGAGUCUGGAUUACUGGCUGAGGAUGAUAUGAAGAAAAGAGCUAAAUACAAACAUUCAGGGAAGGCUAAAGAUGACAGUGAUUCAGGUGCUAUAAAUGACAAGUUUGAUAUGAAGGCAAAUACGGAGCUUAAAGAUCAACAGCAGAUGAAAGAAGUGGACAUGUCAUCCAAUAAACAUAAAAUUUUAACAAAUGUGAGCAACUUCAGCAAGAAAGAAUGUAAGAUAUGUGAUGUAUUGUUAUACCGUCAAGCUGAUUUUGAAUCACAUUUCAAUGGGAGAAAACAUGCUAAAAUGCUGAAAAUUUCAGAAAUUUCUAAAUCCUCUUUAGAGAGUAAAGGUGAUGGUAAGGAAUGUGCAAAGGUUGAUGGCAAGGAAUCAGGAGGUUCUGAUUUUGGACUGCUUACCAAUGAUAGUGUAGGUAAAACAAUUGAAGACAAAGCCAUUUUGGAGCUUAAAGAUGAUGGGGAUUUGAGAGCUAACAGUGACAAGGCUGUUCAAAGAGACGAUGCAGAGAUUAUGGAGAUUGAUGGUGAGAACAUUGAUGUACCUAAUGGCGAAGAAAACAAACUUGAAGUGGAAGUCAGAAAUGAUAAGGAUGUUCAAAGAGAAAAUGCAGAGAUCAAGGAGAUUGUUGGUGAGAACGUUGAUGUACCUGAUGGUGAAGAUAACAAAAUUGAAGUGGAAGUCAGAAAUGAUAGUGAUGUUCAAAGAGAAAAUGCAGACAUUAAGGAGAUUGUUGGUGGGAAUGUUGAUGUACCUGAUGGUGAAGAUAACAAACUUGAAGUGGAAGUCAGAAAUGUCAAGGAAAAUGCAGAAACUGACAAUUUUGAUGGUAAAAAAGAUAUCAAAAUGGAUAUUAAGGAAUUUGCUAUUACUGGUCUCAAAGAAUCAGAAGCUUCUGAUGAUGGACCAUUGGUGAAGGAUAAUGUGGAUAAAACAGCUGAAGACACAACUAUUUUGGAGGUCAAAGAUGAUGGAUGCUCAGAAGCUCAGUGUGAAAGAUGAUCUUAAGGAAAGUGCAGAGUUUAAGUAGGUUGAUGAUGAUAAUAUUGCAAAAUACGGAGGAAAAGAUGACACACAUAAAGAGGAAGGGGAAUUAAUUUUUAUUGCUACAAGGACAUAGGAACUCUAUGGAGCACAGUAUAGCUGUAGCCUGUAAGUAUUGAAGUUGGUAAAAUAAAAUAGGGCUUGGCAGAUAUUUUUACAUCUUCGAAGACUGCACGAUGCAAAUAUUGGGCCACCUAUUUAUUUUUGAAGACCAGUGUAGAAUUUAAGGCCAAUAUUUUUCAGGGUGUUCAGAAUUUUUAUUCCAUAAGUUUGGCGACUUUUUGUAUUUCACCAAAUAUUUACCAUUUUGAGGAUUAUUUCUCUGGCAGAAUGUUUGUUUGGAGAGAAACUUCACGUUAAGCAUUUUUCUGGGCAAUAAUAGAAGAAUGAUUUAGCCCUAAUUUUGGUUA